AUGUGUUUUGGCAUCAAUGUUGCUCCAACAAUAAUGACCACAAUUCUUCGGCAUGUGCUCAAUUUAAAUCCAACCGUAAAGAAUGCAUGUGAUAACUACAUUGAUGAUAUAUUUGUGGGUGAAAGUGUGGAAACUGCGAAAAAUGUAGCGAAGCAUCUGCUUAAAUUCGGAUUACAAUGUAAACCUCCACAAGAUCUUGAACAAGGACGUGUCUUAGGAUUGAGAGUCAAAAGAAAUAAAAAUGGGGAACUGAUAUGGAAACGAGACAAUGUGGUACAAUUCGAAUCUUUAAAUGCAGUCACACGAUCACAGCUUUUCAGCCAGUUAGGCAAACUUAUUGGACAUUACCAAGUGGCAGGAAAUUGUAAAGAAAAACUGAAAGAGUUGCUUUACCGUGUGGAAAAAGAGGAUCCGGUUGGUGGAAAGUGGCUGGUACCAGAUAAUGGAAAAGCUGAGCUUUAUUGUGAUGCAUCAUCUAUAGGACUUGGGGUAGUUCUGCUUAUUGGUGGAGUAGUUGUUGAAGACGCAGCAUGGCUACGGCCGGCGACUAGUAAGUGGAGCAUAAAAGAGUUAACAGUAUACAGUGAUAGCAAGAGCACCGUAGGAUGGUUAAACGCAGUUUUGAAGGAAGAAUAUCGCGUAAAAACUCGGGGAAUUUCUCAAUUGUUAGUACAAAGACGAUUGAAUACUAUUAAGGAAGUGUCAAAAGAUAUUCAGAUCGCUGUACAAUGGAUUCCAUCUGAGAUAAAUUUGGCUGAUCGACUCUCACGAAUUCCUCAAAAAUGGUGCAGAACAAAUGUAUCACGUAAGGAGGUUUCAGCAGUAAUUGCGAAUUGUAACCAGUGUAACUCCAUUGAUCCUUACUCCGUAAAGUGGAAGAAUGGCCAACUAAGCGUAGAAAAAAAUUGGAAUCGGGUUGCCAUUGACGUGACGCGUGUAGGUGCUGAACUGUACUUAUCAAUGAUUGACUGUGGUCCAUCACGGUAUACAAUAUGGCGUAAACUUGUAAAUAAAGCAGCUGCUGAAGUUGUUGGUAGACUCGAAGAAAGAUUCUCUUUAUUUGGUCCGCCAGUAUGUCUUCUAAUGGACAACGAAUUUCGGUCCAACACGUUAACAAGUUUUGCUGAAGAAUGGCAUGUUAAUUUGGAAUAUCGAGCAGCACAUCGAGCUUAA